GACGCUUGGUCCCGAUGACCGCUCCGUCGACCCUCCCCAUCCUCAUGCCUGCGGGGCCGACGCAGCGCAGGUUUUCGGCGGCGGAGGACGCGGCCGUCCUGGCCGCCUUCGACGAGCUCGGCCCCAAGUGGGGCCUCAUCGCGCAGCGGCUUCCCGGCCGGACCGAGGCGGCCGUCAAGAGCCGCUACUUCCGGCGGCGGGCGGCGGAGGAGCGGAGCCUCUCGUCGGCGCUCAACUCGCUCCUGCAGGAGGAUGACCCCACCGCCUCGGGGCAGCAGUGGAGCAGGCUGAUCGGCGGCCUGGACGGCACGGGCGAGGCCGCCGCCGGUGCGGCGGUAGACGGCGGCGGCGACAGCGACGACUCAAUGGGCGUGACCGGGCCCUUCGCCAAGGCCGAGCCGCCGCCGCCGCCGCCGCUCUUCGCCAGCCCGGAGGAGCUGCGGGCCGAGUGCUCCCGCCGCUGGCUUCGGAAGGAGGAGGUGCACGACCUUCUCCUGCAGCCGCGCGCGUACGGCCUGGCCCUCGCCGACGCCGACGCCCUCGCCAGCCUCGCGCCCGUCAGCGGCACCCUCUUUCUGGUCGACAAGUCGCAGCACGCGCGCUUCCGCAACGACUCCCUCGCCUACCGCAUGCGCGACACGUCGAGCGGCGGGCGGGUGCUCUGCGAGUCGCACGAGCGCUACAAGAUUGACGGCGUCCCCGCGAUCAACGCCCGCUACUCGCAGGCGGAGGACGGCUCCCUCCACCGACGCAUCUACUCGCGCCUCGCGGGCCGAGGGGAGCUGGACAGAGACCUCCACCUCGUGCACUACCUGCGGCCUCCUCAGCAGGCCGAGCCGGCCACGCCGAUGGAGCUCGGCCCCGCGCACGCGAGCCCGCCCGACACGGCGCCGCUCGAGGCGCGCUCGCCCGACGGAGGCGUCUUUGAGGCUCCGUCCGAGGCGUUUGCGAUGGCCGUCUCCCUCACCGCGGAGCCCGAGGCGGGCGCGGACUGGAGCGCGUGCAGCCUCGGCGUCCUCAAGGGGGCGCAGGUCCGCUUCCGCACGCGCAAGCAGGCGGACUCGCGCCAACGCGCCGCGCUCGCCAUCGAGCGCUUCUACCGGAAGCGGCGGCGCAGCCCCGCGCGCGAGCUGAGCGCGUCGGCGGACGAGGCGGCGCACUUGUUUGAGCGCGACACCGAGGCGCGCCCACCGCCGCUCUCCCUCCCGGCCGGCGCUUGCUCGAGCCCGCCGCUGACGGCCGAGGCGCGCGCGCGGCAGCUCCGCCGCUCGGCGGUGCGAGUCAUCGAGAGGACCUACUCGGAGUGGAAGUACCACGCAGAGCGCGCGCGGCUGGCGGCGGAGGGGUCGUCCGAGGGCGGGCCGGACGCGGCGCUCCACUCGUACCACGCCGAGCGGCGCGCGUGCGCGGCGCGCUCGAGUUGA